CACCUCCACUCACGUGCGGCCUCUACUUCCGGCUUCGUGACAGCCUGGGCGUUGUGCGGGCAGCAGCAGCAGUAGCAGCGUGACACAGGGACCAGGUGACAGAGACCCCAACACUCAGCAGGAACAGGAUGGCGCACUGUGUGAGCAAGGUGGAGCUGAGCGUCUCGUGCGACAAUCUCCUGGACAAGGACGCGGGCUCCAAGUCGGACCCUUUGUGCGCCGUGCUCAUGGAAACGGGCGGAGCGUGGGUGGAGAUCGCGCGCACCGAGCGCAUCAACAACUGCCAGAGCCCCAGCUUCUCGCAGCGCAUCCCCCUCGACUACUGCUUCGAGCAGGUGCAGAAGCUGCGCCUCACCGUCUACGACGUCGACAACGUCAGCGUGCAGCUUGCCGACGACGACUUCCUCGGAGCGGCCGAGUGCUCGCUGGGCCAGGUGGUGUCGAGUAAGAAAAUGACGGUGCCCCUGCUUCUGAAAAACGGGAAGCCUGCCGGAAAGGGAACCAUAACCGUCAUGGCAGAAGAGAUCAAGGACAACCGAGUGCUCACGUUGGAGGUGGAAGCGUCGAACCUUGACAAAAAGGACUUCAUGAGCAAGUCUGAUCCGUUCCUGGAAUUUUACAAACAAGGCAUCGACGGGAAGUGGCAGCUGGUUCACCGCACAGAGGUGGUGAAAAAUAACCUCAACCCGAAGUGGAAAACGUUCCAGAUAUCACUGCAGAGCCUUUGCAACGGUGAAUUGGAUCGACCCAUCAAGGUGUCCUGUAGUGACGCUGAUGACGACGGAUCACAUGACCUCAUUGGGGAAUUUGAGACGUGCAUGAAAAAGCUGCUCGAAGCUCAGACGACUUCGGUGGAGAUCGACUGCAUCAACCCAAAGAAGAAGAAAAAGAGCAGCUACAAAAACUCGGGGAAGAUCCGCUUCCGAUCGGCCAAGGUGGAUGUCGCCUAUUCCUUCCUGGAUUACAUCAUGGGCGGCUGUCAGAUCAACUUCACGGUGGGGAUCGACUUCACGGGCUCCAACGGAGACCCACGCUCCCCGGACUCGCUGCACUACCUCAGCCCCACGGGACUCAACGAGUACCUGGAAGCCCUGUGGUCCGUGGGCAUGGUGGUGCAGGACUACGACACGGACAAGAUGUUUCCUGCCUUUGGAUUUGGUGCUCAAAUCCCUCCAACCUUCCAGGUGUCGCACGAGUUUGCCCUCAACUUCAACCCCACCAACCCCUACUGCGUCGGCGUGCAGGGGAUCGUGGAAACGUACCGCAACUGCCUGCCGCAGAUCCGCUUCUACGGGCCCACCAACUUCGCUCCCAUCAUCCAGCAGAUCGCCCGCUUUGCCGCCGCCGCCCAGCAGCUGCCCACAGCCACGCAAUACUUCGUGCUGCUCAUCGUGACGGACGGUGAGAUCACGGACAUGGCGGAGACGCGCGCGGCCAUCGUGGCCGCGUCGCGCCUGCCGCUAUCGCUCAUCAUCGUGGGCGUCGGCGCUGCCGAUUUCACCGCCAUGGAGGUGCUGGACGGAGACGGGGGGGGCCCCCUCCGCACCGUGGCGGGGGAGCCGGCCACACGUGACAUCGUCCAGUUCGUGCCCUACAAGCAGUUCAAGCAGAUGCCAAAGGAAGCACUGGCCCGGGCAGUUCUGGCCGAAAUCCCCCAGCAGCUGACCACGUACUUCAAGCAGCGCAACAUGGGUCCAGCCAACGUUCCUCGCACCUAAGGGCACACACACACACAGCAACAUACACACGUAGCACGCCACGCCACACCGCACGCAACACACACACACACACACACCCACGGUGAAACACGCGCUCGCAGUCGCACACACUUGCGUACAACAUACACGUGCAUGCUUGAAUGUUUACUUACACACGUGCACUCACACAUGCACAAGCUGUUGUUGACAGCACGGAUGGCUGGGAAGGGGAGUUCCAGACAACAGGGGACAGCAAAGGUUGACUGGGGACUUCGAUGGAAAGCCUCGCUUGCCAGAGCGGAGAGAGAGUUAGAUGAGAGGGCGAAGGUAGACAGGCAUGAGCUCAUUGGAGGAUGCUGAAGACAGCGAGUGUGAUACUAUGUAGGUUCUAGUAUGCAGGUAUAUAUUUUAUAUUUUUAUAGAUUAUGGAUCCCUGCAGUCAUGAAAGCUUCAAAUCAAUAUCGCACCCAUAUAGGCGCAUUUGUUUCGAUCCUUUCAGCACCCACAUAGGUGUGAGGGGACACCUAGCUCGCCACCAAUGCAUCCUGGUUGAGGCUCCAAGAAAUGUGGCAGCUUUGGAAAAGGGGACGAGGAGGUCCGUUACGUUGUCUCGGCGAUGAAGAGACAGGGCCCCCCCCCCCCCGUCCGUUGUCUGAGCAGAGCGGCGCUCCGAUGUUUGUGGAAGAUUUUUUUUUCCCUGCGCAGCCUGAUUGCUCCCCGUCGGUGAUAAACAUGGGAUCUGUCAAACCAUGCAAAUAUUGAUUUGCAAAAGACGGUUGACCAUGUGCCGAAUAUUGUGUGAACCAUUUAUGGAUAACCCCACUAAAAAUAUAUAUAUAGAAAAUAAUUGUAGGGAAUACUACUUAUAUUUCCAUAGGUUCUAGAUAUCUUAAUCUCAGUACACUUAUUAAAUAUUUGAAUAAUCUCUGUAUAUCAUGGAGCCAUCACUUUCACAGUAUGGGGCUGCACUAUGGCGAGAUGUUAACUCCCUCACCUGGUAUGCAGAAGGUCGUGUGGAUUCUUCUCCAGGUCCUCUGGUUUUUCCCUCCACAUUUAAAAUCAAUAUGCAUUUCCAUUAUUUAGCUACUAUACAUUUCCACAUCGUAAGCCACUGCGUUGUGCAAUCAUUUGUGGCCAGGUCGCUUCUAAGAAAGGGCUACUAUCUAGCACCGUGGGCCUUACCUGCUAAAAUAGUUAAGUUUUUAGUUUACAAUAUGCACUUGCCUGUUGAUAAGAGAAUCGGUGGUCGUCGGAUAAUUGAUGGAAUAUCUACGAAUGGAUCAUCCUGUAGGUGUUACAAUUGUCACUGGGCGAGGCUGUGUUCGCCUUGGGAAUAACCCCCAUGUUUUGGCGGCAAAUGGAUGUUUUCACGUUACACCAGCUAGAUGUUGACAUUCCAGCAUGCAUGUAUGUAUGUAUGUUGAACUUCUUUCGCAACAUCCGUAGCCAACCGUGCUCAUCAGAGGUGCGGGGGAAGGACAACAAACUAAACACGAAAAGUAUAAGGGAAGCAUAGUUAAGUGUUUCACGUAGUUAUAUUUCCCCAUUACACGCAGCCCCGUCGCGUCGAGGGGGCUGAUUGAGGUUCGGCACCCCACUUUUAAAUUCGUAUAAUCAAUUUAAAAAAUGUUACAUUCCCUUUCCCCAUACAUAAUGGGCGAGAGCUAGAUCAUCAAUACAGACAAAUCAAAUCGUAACGUGACGCUCUGUUUAGUGUUUCAUAUUUGUUUACAGUUUGUUUAGCAUUGACUUCAAUUUUUUUGUCAGUUUAACACGUAGGCUUUCACGACCAAUAUCAUCCAUAAUACAGGUUUUUAAAUCCUUUAUAUUAAGUUCGCAUGCUUGCUUGCUUGCGUGCUUGCUUGCUUACGACCGUGCAAAUCUUUCGGUCGUUUUUUAACCCACUUCCCGUGAUCCAAUCGAGCUGACAUUUUCCACACAGACUCGUUGUGCCAGACAAUUAAUGUUCGUGAAAAAAAAUUCCCAAAAUUUUACACUUUUUAGGCAAAAAAAAAUUAUUUUACAUAUAUUCAAAUAGAACUCAUUCAUCGCUUUGGCUGAACGUCACAGUAUAAGAGCCCAGAGCGUAACCCGUCCACAGGCCGUGGCGGAGUAGCGCAGUUGGUAGCGCCCUCGCUUCCCAUGCCAAAGGUCGCGGGAUCGAUCCCCGCGUCCUCCAUAGGCGAAUAUAUUUUAAAUCCUUUAUAUUAAGUUCGCUGCCACGCAUAUAAAGGAUUUAUAGUGAAAAACUUUGUUUUUACGGGUUAUACUUAUUUUGGGUUAGAUUGCAUAAAUAUAUAAAUGUAUCGUCAGGUGGUGGCUGGUUUAACGACACAUUUAUAUCCACGAUGUAAGCUAACAAAAAACUUAUGGAGUUGUGUUCACACGUUUAUCGUAUUCUUAGGACUAUAGACACUUUCCACCCCUCUAUUGUGAAGCAAAAGUUGGGGAUGGGUCUUAUAAAUAUGGUGGCUUUGUGCCGUGACCAGAUGUGUCUAACUUUAUUGACACCGUUCACAGGUUUUGGCUGCGUCUUAUUGUACCCAAGUUUGCAAUGGAGUUUGCCACCUGUCCUGGUUUUUCCCAGGAUGUCCUCUUUUCUGAGGUAGUGCUGAAAUCUCCUGGGACAAUUAAAAGUUCCAGUUUUUGUGAGUUUUGUAAUAAUGUACCACUCAAGACAUAGUUCUCCCCUGUUGUCGUCUUAUGAGAUUUUUUUUUUCUUCCCAUGACAUGUCCAGUUUUUUGUACCGCGGAGCUGGCAACCGCAGUUGGUGUGAGAACUAAAACACAAACUCCUUUUUAUGGUCAUAAAAAUACAGGGACUCCUCGACUUAUGAACGAGUUGGGGUUCCAGAGGUCUGUACGUAAGUCGAUUCGUUCGUAAGUCCAACUUUACUCCGGUCGAAUCCAAACACGUUGUACGGCAUGUACACUAAACAAGGGGAAUGGCUAAAUUUCGAUUUAAAGCUUUCGUGACUGCAGGGAUUCAUCUUCUUGGUUCUUUCGGUAAAGUCAUGUAGAAUGGAAAUAAUAAAAUAAUAAAAAUA